AUCCAGAUGCGAAGUUUGGAGUUUGAAGUCUCCCUCGCAAAUCACAAAAAAACAAAGUUUUUUCAGUACUUGAACUAGUUGGUCCCAUAAAAACUGGAGCGUGAAGAAGGCGCGUGAAUGAAUAAGAAAAAGAGCGUGUAGUGUAAUUAACGUUAACUGAGUUCCAAAGUGUUGUUUUUUCCCUGUUGGCUACUAUGCUACUAUACUCUGACACAGUGAUACAGUAGUGUGUGUGUGUGUGAGAGUAACUCGGGAAGUGAGCAAAACCACAUCACAACAAUCCAAAACUCAACUUGGAAGAAGAACAACAACACCCACCAACCCACCCUUUCUCUCUAGGGUUUCCCUCUCUUCCCAUUUCCACUUCAACUUCAACAUUCUGGAAUAGUGUGUCAGGUGCUUUGAAGAACAAGGCUUUUCAUUGCAUUAUUAUCUCUUGAAACAUUCAAUUAUGCAGACACCAAAAGCAAGAACCAGUGCUUCGGAAAUGUCUCAAAGGAAAUCGCCUGCUGCAACCCCUCGGACUGCUCGCCAGUUGAAGACGCCAAACUCUGGUUCUAACUCAGCCUCCUCGUCUCCAAACCCCAUAAGAAAGACGCCAAAAGACAUGAGUCCGAAAGUAAAUGAACGCAGGUUAUCACACAGUCCAAUAUCUGAGAAGAAGCGACCUAGCAAGGUUCAGGAAUUGGAAUCGCAGAUUGCUAAGCUUCAAGAAGAUCUGAAGUGUGCUAAGGAUCAACUUAACUCAUCAGAGUCAUGGAAGCGAAAAGCUCAAGAGGAUGCCGAAGAAGCAAAGAAGCAGAUACUAUCCUUGUCGAAAGAGCUGGAGGAAUCUCAUCAACAAUUUUCAGACCUUUCCGCUUCCGAAGAAGCACGGCUUCAAGAACUCAGUAAAAUUUCUCAGGAUCGAGAUCGAGCAUGGCAAUCUGAACUUGAGGCUGUCCAGAAGCAGCACUCGAUGGAUUCAUCUGCUUUGGCAUCUGCCAUGAAUGAAAUACAGAAAUUGAAAAGUCAACUUGAAAGAGCUUGCGAGUCCGAAUCUACUCAAACUAACAAUGCUGAGUCGGAUCAUGCUGAGAUUCAGGACUUGAGGAUGGAUCUUGGUGAAGCUAUCUCUAUUAUGGAAAAAUUAAAAAAUGAGGCAAGUGAUUGCAAAGAAUCCGAAUCCCGAGCUUUAGAAGUAAUCGGCAAAAUGCAAAUGCAGUUGGAAACAGUAAAUAAGACGGUGGAAACACUUCGAGCAGAUGGUAUAAAAGCAACAGAAGCUUAUGAGUCCUUAGCUUUGGAGUUAGAGAAAUCAAGAUCUCAAGAAAAAUCAUUAGAGGAGCUUGUGAGCAAACUCGAGGCUGGUUUGCUUAACGGUGCCGAUAAGAACAUACCAGAUUCAACCAAUGAAAAGGAACUUUCUCGAGAAAAUGAGGAGAUAAACCAGCUCAAGGCCGAGCUUAACUCUGUCAAAUCUGAAGUAGGGCAAUUGAAGUCUGCAUUGGAUGCUGCCGAGAUAAGAUACCAAGAGGAGUAUAUCCAGAGCACAUUGCAAAUUAGAAGUGCUUAUGAACAACUUGAACGUACAAAAUCAGAAUCCGAUCAGAGAGAGGCUGAGUUAAACAAAGAAUUGCAGAAAACUAAAGCUGAUAUUGAAGAGCUGAAAGCGAGUCUGAUGGAAAAGGAAUCUCAAUUACGAAGUAUGUCAUCGGAGAAUGAGGGGCACAAUGAAAACAAAUCUGCUGAAAGGGAAUCUAAACUUGCUGCAGAACUCAAACAGUUGGAUACUGAUAUUGCAGAGUGGAAGGAAAAAUUAUUAGAUAGAGAGAUCUUGCUGCAAAAUGUAACCGAAGAAAACAGUAUCCUCAAGAUGGAGAUAAAGGAGUUGGAGAAGAAUAAAAUCACCGACGAGGCUGUUACGUCGGUUGAAACAGCAAAGGCUGCAGAGAAAGAGGCUUUGGCAAAACUUAGUUAUGCAACUGAAGAAGCAGAUAGAAGUAACAGAAGAGUGUCUCGAGUGACAGAACAGUUAGACGCUGCUCAGGCUGCAAAUUCAGAGUUGGAAGCCGAAUUAAGGAGAUUGAAAGUUCAGUCUGAUCAGUGGAGAAAGGCAGCUGAAGCAGCCGCGUCCAUACUUUCUACUACUGGAAACAAUGGUAAAUGUGUAGGAAAAAACGGCUCACUUGACAGUAGCUUCAAUUCUAUUAGUAGCAAGACGAUGAAUUCUCCUUAUUUGGAAGACACGGACGAUGAAUCUCCAAAGAAGAAAAAUAAAAACAUGUUGAAGAAGAUUGGAGUGUUGUGGAGGAAGAAUCAUCAUUAAGCUGUUACUUACUAUGUUGUUUCAUUGUACUCCUUUAUUCUUAUUGUUAGGUAUUAGUAGUAGUUGGUACCAACUUUCACAAGACAUGACCAUUUAUCUUAUUGUUUUUUUGUCAUUACAACCUUAGCAAGUGACAAGAUUUGUAUGAAAAUGUGUUUUGAAAUUCCUACUUGAGGCCAAUGUGAUGUGAGUUCAGUAUUGUUUCAA